AUGAAUCAAAAUAUUCCAAGUGCACAUAUUUUUAAGAGAAAUGCCAUAAUCGAGGAGGCAAUGAACGAAGAAAAAAAUCCCAAGAAACGUGCUGGAGGAACAUUGGUGAUUAAUGGUCUCGACAGAAUGAUCUUUAUUCCAUAUCGUCACCAUAAUGACAGUCAAGAAUUACAUGAGGAGGGAACAACGAAACCACCACCAAUUAUCGAGGAAAGUUCAGAAAAACCACCUGAAGAACAAGAAGAAACAUCACCGAUUUAUAGUUUCGAGGAUAGUUUAGAAAUGCCGAUCCAUCCGGUUGGAUCAAAGCCUUGUCCUAAUGAUACAUCUAGUGAUUCAGAGGAGAGUCCGGAAGAAAUAAGUUUCACGGAUGAAAGUGAUGAAUCGUCUUUAGAUAUUGAAGAAAGUUCGAGCGAUAGUGAAGUUUCGGAUACUGAAGAAUCAGAUUCAUCUGAAUCGGAGUUUUCUUCUGGUGGUGUCAGUUCUGAAGAAAUCGGAAAACCGGAUUAUUCUACUACGAGUACUGAGAGACCCGAACCAACAACCACUGAAAAACCAACUCGACCGCCUGCAGUAUCAACAACUGUAAAACCUACAACAGCAAAACCAAGUCGACCACCUGUAGUAUCAACAACUGUAAAACCUACAACUGCAAAACCAACUGGACCGCCUAUAAAACCGAUUUCAAGUGAGAGUUGCGAAGAACAAGGCGAUAAGACUGAAGAAGAAUUGGUUCACGAACCCGGAAGUGAAGAAAAACCGAUUUCGAGUGAAAGUGUUGAGAAACCAACUCGGCCACCGAUUGAACAUCCAGGACUUGUUGGAUCCAGUGAAAGUUGUGAGGAACAAGGCGAGAGUGGAGAGAAACCGACUCGACCGCCUGGUGGACAACCGGAAAAGCCGAUUUCGGGUGAAAGUGGCGAAAAACCAACUCGACCUCCAAUUCAACAUCCAGGACUUGUCGUUUCUAGUGAAAGUUGCGAAGAACAAGGCGAUAAAACUGAAGAAGAACCAUUACAACCACCUGAAAGUGGAGAAAAACCGACUAGACCGCCUGUUGGACACCCGAUUUCUAGUGGAAGUGCCGAAAUAUCGCGUCCACCAAUCCAGCAACCUGGAAUUACCAUUUCUAGCGAAAGUUGCGAAGAACAAGGCGAUAUAUCUGAAGAAGAACCGCUUCAUCGACCCGAAAGUGGCGAAAAACCAACUAGACCACCAAUUCAACAUCCAGGAGUUAUCGUUUCUAGUGAAAGUUGUGAGGAACAAGGCGAUAAAUCCGAAGAAGAACCAUUACAACCAACUGAAAGUGGAGAAAAACCAAUUCGCCCACCUGUUGUACAACCGGAAAAGCCGAUUUCAACCGAAAGUUGCGAAGAACAGGAUGAUAAGUCAUCUCCUACUGAUUCCGAACACGAACCAUCGGUAAUACCCGAAAAACCAGUUGAACCUCCAGAGAAACCAUCUCAAUCCCCUGCUAAACCAAUUUCCAGCGAAAGCCAAGGUGAGGAUGUACCAAAACCCCCUCAUGAAAUCUCCCUGAUAAUAGCGUUAUUAAUUUCGAAAUAUAACUAUUUGAUGAAUCUUUUCAAGCACCAAUUUAUCCAUCAUCCACUAAUAGCUCGUAACAAAAUAAAAUCACCUAAAUUUUCAGAAAAACCACAUCAGGAGAAACCAGAACAAUUGGAAAUAAGUUGCGAAGAAGUGACACAGGAAAUUGACGAACAAUUUGUAUCAGUCGAUCCUGAAUAUAAUACAACUGCAAAUUAUGUCGAUAUCAGUAAUCCAGAAACAUUUGUGUCGAGUGAGAGUUGCGAAGAGAAUGGCUCACGUUCAUUAGAUGAUUAUGAUCCUUUCAUUGCUAAUCCAGACUUAGAUGAAAAUUCCCAUCAUUCGAAAACUAAUGAAUCUGGAAAAUUUGGAAACUUUGAUGAUAAAUCAAUUUCAGAUGAAGAUUAUUUUAAACCAAUAGGAAGUCAUGAUGGCGAUAAAGUUGCGAGUCCAUUUUUUGGAAUUGUCACAACCAUACGACCACAAUUUGAUGCAGAAUGCGAUGAUGUUUGUCGAAGAAAGAAUUUUUUAGCAAUUUUGGGUCUUUUUCCAGUAAAUUGUAAAUCGACGUUUGAAUCAUGUAAAUUAAAUGUUACUGAUGCAAUUACUAGAUCAUUGAAUGGGGAAAAAUACAUUAAACAAUAUCCGCGAAUUGUGGAGUUUUUACAGAAAUUGGAUUUGAAUAAUUUGAAAAAAAUGAUUAUGAAUUUACAACCGAUUCCUUUAAAUUCACUACCUCCGCCUUAUUUAUUGUCACAAGAUAAUCGAAAUUACGUUAAUAAUAUUUUAAAAUAA